CAUUUGCAACUAUUUCUCCUGCCUUUUUCUGCUGGAAUGUAUUUAUCAGCCACAAAAGGACUCCACCUUUUGAAACCUUAAUUCUUGGAUAUCAGGAAAGAGUUGUGUUUUUUUUCCCCCUUCCUUCCCACAAACCAGUCAAUGGAACGGGCUUGCUGUGCAGCUGAUUAGAAAAUACCCUUUAAAAAGAAGACAAGGUGGUGAUGAAAAACUGCUAGUUUUAUUAUUAAUAGUAUUAUUCUUCCUGUGAUCCGAGAUCUCAUCAGAUAACUUUGUUUUGGCUUUAUUGUUUGCGAGAAGAAAAGCAGCCAUGGUGAAUUGGCUAGUGCGACUUGGUUAUCUCUUUUUGUGGAUUUUAUUUCAGGUACCCAGAACUCAUACUUGGCUACAAAAACACCCUGGCUUCGACGUUCUCGCCCAAGCAUCGCAUUAUUGGCCUCUGGAGACGGUGGAAGGCAUCCAUGAAUUGCAAGACAUGAAUGGAGCACUAAGAGCCCACAACUUCACUGUGCUUCAUUACCAUAAUUCUACUUUUGUUUAUACCAAUGAUUCCAUCUACUCUAACUUCUCUGCAACUGUAGAUAUUGUAGAAGGAAUUGUAAACAAAGGUAUCUAUAUUCCGGAUGUCAAAGGAGUAACAUUUCUUCUUUUUGGAAGCGAUCAAAACUCUUGCAUUAUUAACCCAGAAUUUUGUGAGCCUGAAGGUGUGACCUUCUCCUUUUUCUGGAAGACACAAGGAUAUCAGCUGAAGCCUGCCCCAGCAUAUGGGGAUCAGGUCCUUUCUAAUGGAUUUAAAGUCUACUUCGGUGAACACAAAGGCUCCAUAGAACUCUUUAACCGUCACAUUUCCAAGAAGUGGGCAGCAACUUUCAUUUCACCAGGUCCCCACUGGACUCAUGUCUUGUUUACCUGGAAAUCUGAAGGUGGUCUGAAAGUCUACAUCAAUGGGACUUUAAAAAACGUUGACGCCUACGGGAAACAUUUCUACAGCUAUGGUGACUUCAAUUCCAAUAUGCUGUUGGGCUCCGAAGGCAAUCAAGGAAAACGCUACAUCCAUGGAGCUUUUGAUGAAUUCGUCAUAUGGGAAAGAGUGCUCACACCAGAUGAGAUCGAGCAGUAUUUUACAGCCGCUAUCGGUGACCAGUCUUUGCUUGCUUCAACAUCUCCCUGGGGAUGGCAAACAACAGCUACGCUUGCAGUGCUCUCCAGAAAUGCCUACCAACCCAUCAUAAUUAAUCUCACCGAGGGAAAACAUAAUGUCCAGUAUCCGUGUGCCACGUUGGACUAUUUGCAAAACAUUACAUACUCCUUGCCUAAUCAAUCUCUCACAGCAAAUAUUGCGUACAAUCUUACUGAGGUUUUCUUUAAAGCUGUGGAAGGGGUUCUUAAUCUACCUAGUUGGAUUGACACAGCCCAGACAGCAUCCCUUGCUGGAGGGCUGGUGUCCACCGUUGACAGUGUGAUCUUUCACGUUGCACACAAUCUAGGAGGAAGCCCUUCGACCAUAACUGUCCAAGGCACCUCGCUCGUGGCAGAUUACUCCCUGGUUAAAAUACCUCCGCAGCUCCUGGACGUACCUCAGUACCGUUUCCCAUUACAAGGACAGAGUUACAUUUCCAUCCCUGGAGAAUCUUUCCAAUAUACAGCCUGGAUUACAAUUGUGGGUCUCCUCUAUCAUUCUAUGCAUCAGUACUUCCAUAGCAUCAAACCAUUGGACACCAAAAUCCCUGAAGCUGCUGCCUGCAAGGAGUGUAUGAUUUUUGCUACUAGCUACCUUAUCUCCUUGAAAAUGGAGCCACCACCAACACUGUCUCAUAAUCUGUCAAGUUCUCCCCUCAUCACUAUCUAUAUGAAGCACCAACUGACGCCUCUCCAAUACAGCCAAGCAGUGAACCAAAGUAAUCAAGUGAAACUGUAUUGUGCCUUUCUGGAUUACAGAAGUGGAAGCGGUGUUUGGUCCAAUAAAGGUUGUGUGCGUGAUGGGGGUGACCUCAAUUAUUCCACCUGCCUGUGCAACCACCUCACCAACUUCGCCAUUUUGAUGCAAGUGGUGCCACUGAAGCUAACAAACGGACACAAGGUGGCAUUGUCUUCUAUCAGCUACGUAGGAUGCUCCAUCUCCAUUUUCUGUCUGACUAUCACUCUGGCCACGUUUGCAAUUCUCUCCUCUGUCAGUACCAUCCGUAACCAGCGUUAUCACAUCCAUGCCAAUCUUUCCUUUGCUGUCUUGGUUGCUCAGAUCUUGCUCCUUAUCAGCUUCCAGUUUGACCCUGGGAUGAUACCCUGCAAAAUCUUGGCAAUUCUCCUUCACUUCUUCUUCCUGAGCACCUUUGCUUGGAUGCUGGUGGAAGGGUUCCAUCUCUACAGUAUGGUGAUCAAAGUGUUUGGAUCUGAGGAGAGCAAGCACUUGUACUACUAUGGCAUUGGAUGGGGUUGCCCGUUCCUGAUCUGUGUCAUUUCCAUAACCACAGCUGUGGAAAGCUAUGGAGAAGACAACAACUGUUGGCUUUCACUGGAGAGUGGUACAAUCUGGGCUUUUGUGGGCCCAGCUCUGUUCGUAAUUGUGGUUAACGUCUGUAUCCUCGCUGCCGUGACCAGAGUAAUUUCAAGAAUAAGCGCUGAAAAUUAUAAGGUGCAUGGAGAGGCCAAUGCAUUCAAAUUGACAGCUAAAGCACUUGCUGUUCUACUCCCCAUCUUGGGAACUUCAUGGAUCUUCGGAGUCCUGGCAGUGAAUGACCACGCUUUGGUGUUCCAGUACAUGUUUGCAAUAUUUAACUCAUUGCAGGGGUUCUUCAUUUUUCUGUUCCACUGCCUCCUGAACUCAGAGGUCAGAGCUGCCUUUAAACACAAAACGAAGGUGUGGUCACUCACAAGCAGUUCCAUCCGCAACAUCAAUGUGAAACCUUUCAAUUCUGAUAUUAUAACAGGGGCCAAGCCUGCAACAACUCCAACAAAACUCAACACUUUUGACAAGAGCAGUCAUUUUGGCAACAGGAUUGAUCUUUCUGCUGUCUGACAUCUACCCCUGUUGACCCUUCCUUCUGAUGGCCAGGCAAGCCGGGUCCUCAGGAUCUUCGAUUCAUUGCCUGUCAACCUAUUACCUUCUGAGAAUUUGUGUCCAUAGGAAGCACUCCUCCUUGCUAAAUUGAGGAGGGGGAGAAUUGCCCAUUGGACUGAAUCAACACUUCCAGCUUUUCUGGGCUUGGUGUGACCUCCUCUUGGCUGGGAGAGCUAGCUAUGGAACAGCCAAGUAACAUUUUACACUGGAUGGUCCUCUAAGCACUGGCACAGUUGGCUCCCAUGAUGAAGCUGAGGAAGAUUCAGGGGGAAGAGAACUGCAAUAUGUCCUCUGGAUCCACAAAGCUAAAUGUUCUCAUGACACUAACAUGGGAUGGGGGGGACUCUUGACCAGCUCUACAUACACCAUUUGCAUUAAAUAGUGGGAGGAUAUAAAGGAGAAGCUACAUCAGGAAACAUCCGGUCACAAGGCCCUGCAUUUGAAGACUAAUGUUGCAGAGGAGAGACAACUGGGAUCCAGCUCUAUUUUCUGAUCUUGGCCUGGAGACAAACAGAAAGAGCAGUUGUUAUAUUUGUGCAUCAAGCACAUCUGCUUGGCUGUUCCCAAGAACCUUCUAACACUGGUUGUGAUGGACACCCACAGCUUCAUUUCAUUGGAGGAGGCGUUCAUCUCUCCUGGAGAAGGCGCUUGUACUGGACCCUCCUGUCUUCCCAGGUGAGGCUCAGUGGCUCUGCUGAGCGCUGUCUGCAGACCAAACUGAUCUCUUCUUUGUUGAAAAUUGCAGUAGCUUCACUGUCCGUCUUACCAGACAGAACAAAGCUUGAAUGCCAAACAGGAGCCUUCCCCCCAAAGCAAAAUGAAAUUUAAGAAUAAACUAACCAGCCCACCUCCAUAGAAACGAACAACGUGGCAGAAAAAUUUCUAUGAAGUGUCAGCCAGACUGCAGCUGGGAUUGUGUGAUUAUCCAUGGAUGUCGUUUAAAAUUUUUUAUUUUUUCCUGAUAAGCAAACGUUUGGUUUUUCCCAGCAGCGCAGCAACGCUGUACUUUUGGAGAAGAAAAGCAACGCUUGAUUAAUUCAACAAAGGUCUCCCUGCCUUCCUUUAUGGAUUUGCUAGUAUGGCUGUAGGGCUGAUAAGUUCCAGGCCCUUCCUAAAUAUAGCGUAUCUUGGCAGUCUUAAGAACAAGAAACUUGCUUUUUUUAUAAGGUGGAAGCAAAUAGGCUACCUGCUGUGCGCAGGACAAAAGAGGAAAGGUCGUG